UCAAUACAUUUUAGAAUACUACUUUAAUACUUCUAAGUUAACUUUUCUGAGUGUAGUCAUAUAAUUAUAGGUGUUUUAAAUGCAAUUAAUAUCUUUAUCUCAGACUUAACGUCUUAUCUAACUUAACGGCAUAUCUCACAAUAGAACCACCCACAAUAGAAAAAGCAUCGUUUUAACAUAGCGGUUAUAAAAACGAAACUUCCACUGAAUAUUUUGUAUUGUAACACGUACUUGUAGUUGUGAAACGUAUAAAUUUACUAUCCAUUAUGUCUCGUGUUGCAGAUAUUGUAAGACAAGUAUAUCAGAAAAUAAUAACAACUAAAAAUUUCGGACAGUGCAUGAGAAAUGUGCAACUGCUCUCGGCUGGCGAUGGGAACUGCAAGGCACAAUUUACAGUAAGCGAUGAGCAUGUAAAUGUGAUGGGUACUUUACAUGGUGGUUUUACCAGUACAGUCAUAGACUGUGUGUCUGGCUACGCAUUAGCAUCCGUGGGUACUGGUGCUCUUGGAGUUUCAGUAGACUUACACGUCACGUUCAUGAAGACAGCAUCUAUUGGUGAAGUAGUGACUAUUGACGCUUCGACUAAACGUGUCGGCAAAAAAUUAGCUUUCCUUACGGUGGAACUCACGAAAAACGAGGGUAAGGAUAUCGUUGCGCUUGGCCAACAUACCAAAUAUUUCAUUUAAUGAAAUAACAAUUUAUUUCAUAUGUAUUAUACAUAAAUUAAAUAUAUUAAUUAUGUAC